GCGGCCAGAAGGUGGAGACUUUUCCCCUCGACGAGGCUGUGGGAGGUUUUACCUCAGAUGUUGAAAUUGAACUACUUUCAAAGAAAUAAGAUAUGUUUUCAGCAUUCAAAUAUUGUGCAAAAGACUAUUUAUAUGAGAAUGUAGUUAGAAAAAAGUUUUACCAAGAUGCCUUAUUGCUUCAAAUGCCUUCGUGUUUCUAUCAAGAUGAAAAUUAUGCAGGAGUCACUGAUGAUAAAUAUAGAAGGCCAUGGACAAGAGUCUCAGCGGUUUCACUUUGGGAUACAACAGACACCUCAGUCUUGGAUGAAUUGAAAGCAAGUUUUUCUGUGGAGGAUUUCCUUGAGAAAAAGACAGUUACAGGAAUGGAGACUCAGGUUAAUGAUGAGUUUGAAGAAAUUGUCCCCAGUUCAAAUCCAAACUCCCCAAAUAAUGUAGAGGAAGGCUUGUAUACUUACAAGGACUACAGUGAAGUCUUUACAGUUGACAGUUAUUUGAAGGAAUAUCCAGCACUUCAGCCUCGGAGCCAAGAUUUAUAUAUUGAUGAUGAAGAAAUAAUUUCUACAAAUGAUGUGAUGUCCUAUAAAAGUCCGCUACCAACUUUAAAUACUCCAGUGAGCAGACCAGUUUUGAAACCAAUUUUGAUAAAGGACCCCCUUUUAGAUUUCAAAGAAGCUAAUUUUUCCAGGAAAUGUUUAUCUUUUCAAGAAGAUUUAGAAAUUUCUGUGAAAGAUUUCUAUGUGGAUAAAGAAAAUAUUUACCAGGAGGAGAAACUAGAAGAUUCAGUAGGUUUGAGUGAGCUACCAACUUUUCCUUCUGAGUUUGAAUUAAUACCUACAAACCCCAAACAAGAACUGAAGGAAUCAUUAAACUUAAUGCCAGAGAAAAUAAAUUGUAUAGAUGAAAAUGAAAAACUUUUCAAAGAAGAUCUUCCUAUCAAGCAUAGAAUUGAUGUUGAAGAUACAAAAUGCAGCUCCACAGAGAUUUUAACUAUUCAAAGCUGGAGUGAAUCAGAGGGCAGUGAACCAAGAGAGUCAGAAAGAGCACUAACUCAUCUCCACCAAACAAGCCAACAUUCCCCAGUAAAUUCAUUAUGUCUAGAACUUCAGACAUUUUCAUUUUCUCCAGUCUCCUUGCAUACAAGACUUCAGACAAUUCCAUUUUCUUCUCUUAGAAAAAUUAGCUUGCUUACUGCUAAAGAAUCAGCUAAUAAACGCUGUAUGGUGUGGCAGUUAGAAAGCUGCAGAAUUUCCUUGAACUCAUUUUGGCUUAAAGUGCCAAGAAUUCAAGAGCUCAACAGCCAAUAUUCAGUUACAGAACUGAAAAAGAUAUUUUCUAUUGAAGAAAAAAGGCUUGUGGUUAAUUCUGUAAAAGCAAAGUGGUGGAAAAAAGCAGGACCAAAUCCAAUAAGAAGAGAAACUUUGGAAUUUCUAAAUACAUAUUUGUGUCCUGGUGAUCUGUCUUCUAAUAACACUAAAAUGGAGAAGUUUUUGCCUACAAAAGCACUUCCAUUAGAAUUUUGUCUAGAACAGAAAGGUUCCUCACCUGUUGUACUUACUAAUGAGAAAUCUACACAUGAUCGCUUACCACUUCCACAAGGGAGUCCAUCUCCUACAAACGAAGUAGCAGAUAUGUGUUUAUAUGAUGAAUGUAACUCUGUUGAAAGACCAAAAAUUGAAGAAAAACUAAAUGACCAAGAAAUAGCUGACAGAAUAAUCCAAAAGAAAGAAACUAAAGAUCACCUUGAACUUGACUACACAGUACCACUUGUUGAAUCAUCUACCUCUUCAAGAAUUAAAAAAGCAUGUUUUGAACAUAGUAAAAACCAGGAGAAUGAUUUGGAUCUUUUGAGCAACUUUAUUAUGCUGCGAAAUAAAUAUCAGACUUGUAUCUCAAAGACUGAAGUGAUAGACCAUGGUAAAAAAGAUGAAUUUCAAAAUCAAGAAGAAUUGACUCAUAAAGACGAAAUUCCUGUUGUGUCUACUAACAAAACUCUAGAGAAAAUGAAUCAGGAAAGAGGAGCAGAUAACAUCAUUGAAAUUCAAGCAUCAGCAAGUCAGUGCCAAGCAUACUGUUUCCUAGAAGCAUCAGCUACUCCUAUCUUAAAAAAACUUGUAUGCCUCUGUACUCUCCCUGCUGCUAAUUGGAAAUUUGCCACUGUUACUUUUGACCAAACGAGAUUCUUCUUAAAGGAACAAGAAAAAUUAAUCAAUGAUGCUAUUCACUUAGGUACAAAUGAUGAAAGAGAAAUAACAUUCAAGCACGCUGGUCUUUUACACCUUCUGGUAACGAUUAGAGAUGUCCUUUUAACAUGCAACUUAGACACAGCACUGGGGUAUUUGUCAAGUGCAAAAGAUGUCUACGAAAGCUUUUUAGGCUCCUAUUUGAAUGAUAUUUGGAGACAGCUGAAGAUUGUACAGUUCAUUAAGGGAAAAAAGCAUGAAUCCAACCAUAAAGUACAAGGAUUGCAACACCAGAUACUAAGUUGGAUGCAAAGUCAACAGCAAAUUAAGGUGCUGGUUAUAAUAAGAAUGGACUCAGAUGGCGAAAGACAUUUACUCAUUAAAACUCUUAACAAAAUAGAAGGUUUAAAAUUGACUGUCUUUUAUUCAAGUAAAAAAAAAGAUCUUCUGGAAUCUCAAGGUGUUUUAAAUGGUACAAGUUCCUGUGUAAUUGUACAUAAUCAAAAUAUUGGAGCAGAUUUUCCCUGGAAUAAUUUCUCAUUUGUGGUGGAGUACAAUUACGUGGAACACUCUUGUUGGACUAUGCACUGCGAAAAGAUGAAUAUUCCUUACGUUGCCCUCAAAGUGAUUCUUCCAGACACAGUUUUAAAAAGAACCACCUUGCUGGAUAAAUUUGGUGGUUUUCUUUUGGAAAUUCAGAUUCCAUAUGUGUUUUUUGCAUCUGAAGGGCUUCUUAAUACUCCACAAAUACUUCAGCUGCUAGAAUCUAAAUACGAUAUCACACUGGUGGAGAGAUGCUGCAGUCCAACACUCAAACUCUUUGGAAGUACGGAGCACUAUGUAGUGCUGACAAUUGAUGAACACACUACUAUAAUUUUGCAGGACCUAGAAGAACUGAAUUAUGAGAAGACGUCAGAUAAUAUAAUUAUGAGAUUGAUGGCAUUAUCGUUCCAGUACAACUAUUGUUGGAUAAUAUUAUAUACCAAAGAAACAUUAAAUUCAGGGUACCAUCUUACAGAAAAAACACUUCAUCACCUAGCACUGAUUUAUGCAGCUUUGGGCUCCUCUGGGCUUAAAUCUGAAGAACUGGAUGUAAAGCUUAUGAUUGCCCCAGGAGUAGAGGAGACUGCAUUGCUAAUUCGACAAAUUGCUGAUCAUAAUUUAAUGGCCUCAAAGAGAGAUCCUCAUGAAUGGUUGGAUAAAUCCUGGGUUGAAGUUUCAUCAUCAAAGGAAGAAAUGUACUUACUUGAUUUUCCAUGUAUUAACCCAUUGGUGGCUCAGCUCAUGUUAAAUAAAGAGCCUUCAUUGAAUCAGCUCUUCUUAGCAACUUCCGGUCAACUUCAGGAACUCUUACCUGAAGUUCCAGAAAAAGUAUUGAAGCAUUUUUGUAGCAUCACUUCCUUAUUCAAGAUUAGUUCUUCCUCCACAACAAAAUCACCUCAAACUUUAUCACUCCAGGAAGAAAGGAAUCAGACUAGUACCUUUAUUUCUCAGAGUUCAGCUUCUGGCUCUUCAGAGUCUGUCAUCCAAGGACAUAAUGACUACUACUCCUACUCAGACUUAGGAGAGACAGCACAAGAAGACACAAAUACCACUUCAAAUUAUAACUCUUCUUUUGUGGAACUAAGAAAAAUGCAGAGCUUUUUACCAUCUGUGACUUCCUACAAUCAGACCAACUACUGGAAAGACUUCUGUUCUAGCCCUAAUACAGUGCAAAACAAUCCUUUUCUAAUUAAUACAGAAUCAAACAAAGCAGCUUGUAACUCUUUUCCAAAGCAGAAUGAUUCAGAGUCGGAUGUCUUUUCUUUGGGCCUAAAACAAAUACACUGUGAAACCAUAAAAUCAGUUGGUACUCAGAGAAGAACUGGCCCUAAUUUUAUAUAUUACCAGAAGAAGGGAACAUGUAUAUCAAAAGGAACUACAAACAAACAACUGUCUCCUCCUGUCUUUUCACUAGAGGGCCCUCAAUCUCCUCUUCAUUGGAACUUUAAGGAAAAUAUACGUGAAAAACAGAAUCACUCAUUCAAUUUAAAAUACAGAGCAGAGCAGACCACCAAUGACAAAUGGUACUCUCAGAAAGACAAUUUAUUCACUAAUCAGCAAAUGUAUCUGUCAGAUGAAUUAAAAGGUUUCACAUGUGAAAGUUCAACUCGUGAGACUAAAGAGACUUUCUGGGAAGAAUUACCAUCUGUUCCCAGUUUGAAUAUAUCCAGUGCUUCUGACUGUUAUGUAAACCAAAAAGAACUGGACAGCUUUUAUUUUUACAAAAGGGGUGAAAAAUGUUUAGGACACAAAAGGCACCCUGAAUCUGCAUCCAACUCAGGAAACAAGGAAUCAUUAACAGGUGUAACGUACUCACAACUACCACAACUCAAAAAACGGCGUCUAAUGUAUGAAAAGGUCCCUGGAAGAGCUGAUGGACAAACUCGGCUGAAAUUUCUUUGAAAGCGGGAAAGAACAGCAUUUUAUGCUAUAUUCACUGCUUUUCAUGAUAAUCCAGUAACAGAAUUGGAUUUUACAUUAAAGAAUAUGCAAUUAUUUUCACAUGUUCUCAAUAUUUUGAUGAUAUAUUCUGUACUAUAGCUUAAAUCUUUGGACAUUAAAUAUUCUGAUUUAUGAGUUAUUAUAAUUAUAACUAGAUUCAGAAUAUCUUCCAGAGUCACCUAAAUAUUGCAAGCCUUUUAUAAUUGCAAAGCUGUUUACAAUGUAAGCCAUCAGUCUUACAAGUGAAUCAAGUGAAGAUCACCAGAGUCAAUAUUCCAACACCAAAAAAC